CCCCGCGGCGCUCGGGCUCCGGAUCCGCUCAGCGUCGGCGACAGCAGCCAGAGGAGCCGGGCGGCGUUCUCGCCGCGGGGCUGGGGAUGGCGAGCCCCGCUGUGCUGGGGCUGCUGCCCCCCCUGAGCUCCCCGCCCGGCCCCAACCUGAACAACAACAACAACAACAACCAGGGCGUCAGGAAGUGCGGGUACCUGCGCAAGCAGAAGCACGGCCACAAGCGCUUCUUCGUGCUGCGCGGCCCGGGCGGCGGCGGGGAGGAGGCGGGGGGCGCCCGGCUGGAGUACUACGAGAGCGAGAAGAAAUGGAGGAACAAGUCCGGGGCGCCCAAGCGGGUGAUCGCCCUGGACUCCUGCCUCAACAUCAACAAGCGGGCGGACGCCAAGCACAAGUACCUCAUCGCCCUCUACACCAAGGACGAGUACUUCGCUGUGGCGGCCGAGAACGAGCAGGAGCAGGAAGGCUGGUACAGGGCUCUCACCGACCUGCUCAACGAGGGCAAGGCGGCCUGCCAGGGGUCCCCCUACCGCCACCUCGCCUCCCCCUUCUCCGCCUCCUGCGGCGCGGCCGCCGCCUCCCUGGCCGCCGCCGGCGAAGACCUUAACUACGGGCUGAUCGCGCCGGCCACCGCUGCCUACCGAGAGGUCUGGCAGGUGACGCUGAAGCCCAAGGGCUUGGGGCAGAGUAAAAACCUCACCGGCGUCCACCGGCUCUGCCUCUCGGCCCGCACCAUUGGGUUCGUGCGCCUCAACUGCGAGCUGCCCUCGGUCACGCUGCAGCUGAUGAACAUCCGCCGCUGCGGCCACUCCGACAGCUUCUUCUUCAUCGAGGUGGGGCGCUCGGCCGCCACCGGCCCCGGCGAGCUCUGGAUGCAAGCGGACGACUCGGUGGUGGCCCAGAACAUUCACGAGACCAUCCUGGAGGCCAUGAAGGCGCUGAAGGAGCUGUCCGAGUUCCGGCCCCGCAGCAAGAGCCAGUCCUCCUCCUCCUCUUCCUCCGGGGGGGCCGGCGGGCCCGGCGGCAGCGGUGCCUCCGCCACCCACCCCAUCACCGUGCCCGGUCGCCGGCACCAUCACCUGGUCAACCUGCCUCCCAGCCAGACCGGCCUGCUCCGCCGUUCCCGCACCGACAGCCUGGCCGCCGGCGCCGGCAGCACCCCCCCCCGGGUGAGAACGGCCGGCGAGGGCGACGGCUGCCGGGUGGGCUCUGCGGCCGGCAGCCCCAUGAGCCCGGGCCCCGUGCGGACCCCCCUGAGCCGCUCGCACACGAGCCGUUCCAUGUCCAUGCCCGCCUCCCACUCGCCCCCCUCCGCCACCAGCCCCAUCAGCCUCUCCUCCAGCAGCGGCCUCGGCUCCGAGCCUGCCCACCCGCAUCACCCGCAGCGCCCGUCCAGCGGCAGCGCCUCCGUGUCCGGCUCCCCCAGCGACGCCGGCUUUAUGUCUUUCGACGAGUACGGCUCCAGCCCAGGUGGCGAUCUCCGGCCCUUCUCCUCCUCCUCCACUGCGAGCAACCGCAGCAACACCCCCGAGUCGGUGGCGGAAACUCCCCCGGUGCGGGACCCGGGGGGCGGCACCGAUCUCUACGGAUACAUGGCGAUGGAGCGGCCCCCGAGUGCCCGCCUCUGCUACCGGCCCUGCCCCGAUGCUGGCAGCGACAGGUGCCAUCGGAAGCGAACGUACUCCCUGACCACGCCGUGCCGGCAGCGGCCCGCCGCGCCGCAGGUUUCCUCCGCCUCCCUCGAUGAGUACACGCUGAUGCGCGCCACCUUCGCCGGCAGCGCCGGCCGCCUCUUCUCCUCCUGUCAAGCCGGGGCUUCCCCCAAAGUGACCUACACCCCCUACCCCGAGGACUACGGGGACAUCGAGAUCGGCUCUCACCGCAGCUCCGGCAGCAGCAGCACCAAUCUGGGGCCGCCGGCAGUGGGGGGAGGAGGGGGAGACGAUGACGGCUACAUGCCCAUGACCCCCGGUGUGGCCGCGUCCUUAGGGCAGGGAAGCCGGGGCAGCGAUGAUUACAUGCCCAUGAGCCCCACCAGCGUGUCUGCCCCCAAGCAGAUCCUGCAGCCCCGGGCAGGGGUGGGUAGCGGGUCCCCAGGAAACGGGAGCAGCUACAAGACCAGCUCGCCUGGGGAGAGCUCCCCUGACGAUAGCGGGUACAUGCGGAUGUGGUGCGGCUCCAAGUUGUCUGUGGAGAGCUCAGAUGGAAGGCUGAGUAACGGCGACUAUAUCAAUAUGUCCCCUCGGGACCCCCAGAAUGGUCCUCAAGCUCCUUCCCUCACCCCUCCAGACUUCUUUUUUGCCCCUUCAGGGCAUGGGUCCAGUGAGCCCCCAAAGCCCAGCUGCUAUUCCUACAGCUCCUUACCCCGCUCAUACAAGAGCCAGGGCUUGGCAAAGGACAGCGACCAGUAUGUGUUCAUGAACUCCCCGGGGAGGAUGAUCCCGGAGGAGGCGGUGUGUGGAGCGAGCCAGUUGCCUGCAGGCACCUUCGCCCCCUCCAGCCACUCGGUGCCUUCGCCCCUGCGGCACAGCCGGACCGAGAGCUUCCUCAGCCAGCGGUGCCAGCGGGUGGCCCGGCCCAGCCGCCUCUCCUUGGAGACCCUGCGGACGGUGCUGCCCAGCAUGAACGAGCACCCUCUGCCGCCGGAGCCCAAGAGCCCCGGUGAAUACAUCAACAUUGACUUCGGGGAUGCUGCCGUCUAUUCUCCCCCCUCGCUGCCUGCUGACAGCCCAGCCUCCUCCCUGGGCUCAGGCACGGGGCAGAGGCGCUCCCCUCUCUCUGACUACAUGAACAUUGACUUUGGGUCACAGUCACCCUCCCAGUCGGGCACGGUCUCAGUUGGCUCCUUGGAAGCUCUCUCUCCAGGUUCUUCCUCCAGCACCAGCCAGCCCAAUGGGCGCUACCUGAAGGCGGCUGUGGAGGUGGCUUGUUCGUCCAGCCCGUCGGAUGGUGGCGAUUACACCGAGAUGACCUUUGGCAUGGCCACUACCCCACCUCAACCCAUCGUUCAGAAACCAGAAAGUGCCCGAGUCACCAGCCCCACGUCUGGCGUGAAGAGGCUCACCCUCUCUGGGGUGGAGGCUUUCAUUCUCUCCAGCCCUCCCCCAGACCCGAAUCGGGGGGCCAAAGUAAUCCGGGCAGAUCCCCAGGGGCGGAGGAGGCACAGCUCAGAAACUUUCUCCUCCACCACCACUGUGACCCCAGUGUCCCCCUCCUUCGCACACAACCCCAAACGACACAACUCGGCCUCGGUGGAGAACAUGUCCCUCAGGAAAAGCGAAGGCCUGGAGGAGGAGCAGGGCAGCAGUCCCAUGUGCCGGGAGACCUCUGCUGGCUUCCAGAAUGGCCUCAACUACAUCGCCAUUGAUGUGGUGGAUGGGUCCCUGGCAAACUGUGACAAAUCCAGGUUGAAAGCUAGGCACCUCCUGAAUGGGGGCAUCAAUGGAGUAGAGAUGAGCACCUAUGCCAGCAUAGACUUUCUGUCUCACAACCUGAAAGAAGCCAGUGCUGUGAAAGGAUCCUUGUGGCUUGCCCGAGCCCGGUGCGGAUGCUGCAGCCCCCACUCUCCUUGGGAUGGAUGGCGGUCCCGGGCGCCAGCAGACCAUCACGCCCCUUUGCUUUGCAAACGGAUUUUUCGCAGAAACGAGGAGCUUGUCUUGAGGCACCUACAGCCCCGAUUGCAGCUGAAGCCCGGUGUUGGGAAAGAGCUGUUUCCACAGCAUUCCCCAAACUGCUGAC